AUGGCCCAACGCGCCGCGCGGCUCAAGAGGGAGCGGGCCGCGGCGAGUCGAGAGGAGGCGAGGGCCAUGAAGCGCGCGCGUCUCGACUGGGCCGACCUGCCCUCCGAGAUCCUCGUGCUCGUCAUGCAGAGGAUCGCGGAGUUGCCCGCGGACGACGCGGAGGACCCGAGUCGCGAGACGCACAGGCUGGGAGCAGUGCCCACCGUCCCGCGCGUCGCGUCCGUCUGCCGCGGGUGGAGACACGCGGUCGCCAGCGAUCCGAGGGCGCUCUGGCGAGUCGUGGACCUCUCCUACGGUUGGGCGCGCCCCUCCGACGCGAUCGUACGCCGGUACUGCGCCAACGGCGACUGGGCGCGGCUCACGUCUCUGUCGCUCGCGGACUGCGCCGUCCUGACCGACGCCUCACUCCGCGCGCUGCACCAGCACUGCCCGGAGCUCGUGUCGUUGGACGUCAGCGGGACGUCGAAGAUGACCCUGGCCGGGAUGAAACCGCUCGGCGAGCGUCUGACGGAGCUGACGCUGGACCGCGUGAAGCAGCGAUCGAUGGGCGCCACAAACCAGCUCGUGUCCGGGAUGCUCACCGACAAGCUCGCCAGACUGAGCGUCGCCGACGUCACCGGCCUCGACCGCGGGUUCAUCCGCAACCUGCACAAGUGCUGCGGCCUGGCGUUGCGUCACCUGAACCUCAGUCACAGCGGGAUGCACCACCAGAACCUCCCUUGGCUCGAGCUCCAGCGGUCGUGCCCGAACAUCGAGACGCUCUUUCUCAACGGCUUUGGCGGCGCGAGCGGCUGGUCGACCGUACCGAACGCGCAGGGCGCCGCGUUCGCCGGAGACGUCCCCGGGUGGCAAAACCUGAAAACCCUGCACGUGGGCGCCGCGACGCGCACGCACAGCACCGGUCACUCCCUCACGCCCUCCUACGUCGACGCCUUCGUGCUCGACGCGCUCACGCGAAACGCCAACGUGGAAGACCUCGACGUCACCGGGUGCGCCAUCAGCGCCGUUCACCUGUGGGGGAUACCCUCGUUGUGGCUCGGCGCGUUGAGGUGCCUACGAGCCGCUAAGACGGGGUUCGCGAGCGACGAGGGGAUCGAGUUUCUCGCCGCCGUGGACAGGCCGUGGGCGUCGUCGUUGGCGCGAAGCUUGGAGACGGUGGAGCUCGGGACGUCUCACAUGAACGCCAACGACGUGUCCGACCGGGGUUUGGACGUGCUGUCCACCAACUUGACGAACCUGAGGGCGCUCGGGGUGGCGGGCGCGGACAUAACCGACCGCGCCCUCGAGCGCCUGGUGGACGCGCGGCACAAGACGCUGCGGGUCGUCGACGUGCUCGGUUGCCGCGGGUUGAGCAGGGCGGCGAGGCAGGCGGCGCACGGGGGCGAGCCGCUGCAGAUACGCGCGGCGAUCAGGAAGGAACGCGGCGAGACGGUGAGCGACGAAGACGACGACGACAAGAAGGAGGAGGAGCAUCUCGUUCCGCGGCGGAGGGCCGCGGCGAGGGCGGUCGAUAGGUUCGAGGAGAUACUGGACAGCGACGACGAUGCCAACGAAAAUUGGAUCGACGAAGACGAGAACGAGGACGAGGAGGAGGAGGAGAACGAGGAGGAGGAAUACGACGAGGAGGAGGACGCGAUCCCCGCGUCCCCCGCGGCGGCGGCGGCCCCGCACACGGGCGCUCUCAAGAUAGUCAUGCGCCGGAGGUAG